AUGUGUAUGGAUAUGCUCAACAUGGACAUGGACAUGGACAUGGACAUGGAUACCAACUAUGCAUACAUGCCCCCCACCUGGAAUCUGAUUACAGGAAGAGAAGCGACGAUUUUGGGUCAUGUAGUACCUGGUUUGGUCUAUGCCAUUGGGGCAUUGACAGUGGCUCUUCUAUCCUAUCACCGGGCCAACAAUCUCCCUCCUGGAAAGUCAUUUAUGGAAGCUCAUGUCCCCGAAAAAGACAAGCGCAUUCUCUUUCUCUUUGGCUUUUGGAUUGCUGCUGCCUUGCUCCCCGUACUAAUUGGGCAAACAACUUUGGGACUGUUUCAAAAAGGACAUUUUGACACUUCUGUAGAUCACAUGGUCAUCAUUUUGUCCUUUUUCCAUGUUGGAGUCCUGGCAAUGCUGGAGUCCAAGGGGCGGCUCCCACCCGACUCUUGGCGACGUGGCAUUGCAUUGGCCUUUUUUCUUCAGACCAUCAUCAUGGUACCUCACUCGAUGAUGCUGGCACAUGUGGUACAAAGGAGAUUCCAUGCCAUUCUGGCAUUUUCUGGAUUUGGAUGUGCACUCAUGAUGUCGUAUUCGGUGUAUGAUCCAACCAGCGGUAUGGCAUUUAUUGCCAGCUUGGCACUGAUCGUUCUUCACGGGGCAUGGUGGAUCACUAUUGGGUUUUACUCUUGCUGCUUUGACAUACCGUUGCAUCACAUUUCAACGAAGUUUGCCCUGGAAAUCCUUGGGAUUGCCAUGGCAUCAGCUUGGGCUGUGGCAACAUUGGACAUUCCUAAAAAGGACAACGUACAGGGCGGGGGAUCUGAAGAAUUGUCCCUUUGGCGUACUCUGCAACAGGACAAUUGA